CGCGCGGGAGCCGGGGGCCCGGGCGGCGGGGCUGCAGGUCGAGGGGAACGGAAGCGGCUGGGGGACCGAGAGGGAGCCAGGAUGGCGACUCCGAGCAGAAAGACGUUGACCCCAAGCCCCCAGGUCUCCAAGAGAGUUCUUCCGAGAGAUCGUUCAUCGGAGGUCCCGAGCAAGAGAAAGACUUCUGUCCAGUCAACGCUGCCGCCAACGCCGCUGCUGUCGCCGCCAACGCCGCCGCUGCUGCCGCCGCCAACGCCGCUGCUGCUGUCGCCGCCAACGCCGCUGCUGAUGCCGCCGCCAACGCCGCUGCCGCCGCCACGGCUGCAGUCGUCCGGGCCUUUAGUGGAAGGCUCCAUCGUCCGCAUCGCGAUGGAGAACUUCCUGACAUACGAUAUCUGUGAAGUAUCUCCUGGACCCCACUUGAAUAUGAUUAUUGGAGCUAAUGGGACAGGGAAGUCCAGCAUUGUGUGUGCCAUUUGCCUUGGAUUAGCAGGCAAACCUGCUUUCAUGGGACGGGCAGAUAAGGUUGGCUUUUUUGUGAAGCGGGGAUGUACCAAAGGCAUGGUUGAAAUUGAAUUGUUCAAAGCUUCUGGAAAUCUUGUCAUCACCCGUGAGAUUGAUGUGGCAAAAAAUCAGUCCUUUUGGUUCAUCAACAAAAAAUCUACAACCCAGAGAGUAGUAGAAGAACAGAUUGCAGCCUUAAAUAUUCAAGUGAGCAAUCUUUGCCAGUUUCUACCUCAGGACAAAGUUGGGGAAUUUGCUAAACUCACCAAAAUUGAACUCCUUGAGGCUACCGAGAAGUCAGUUGGUCCUCCAGAAAUGUAUAGGUAUCACUGUGAACUCAAAAACUUCAGGGAGAAAGAAAAACAACUAGAGACCGCAUGCAAAGAGAAGACUGACUAUCUAGAGAAAAUGAUUCAGAGGAAUGAAAGAUAUAAGCAAGAUGUGGAGAGAUUCUAUGAACGUAAGCGACACUUAGAUUUAAUUGAGAUGCUUGAAGCAAAAAGGCCAUGGGUGGAAUAUGAAAAUGUUCGUCAAGAAUAUGAAGAAGUAAAACAAGCUCGUGACCAAGUGAAGGAAGAGGUCAGAAAACUUAAAGAAGGGCAGAUUCCUAUAACACAUCGAAUUGAUGAAAUUGAAAAACAGCGUCACAAUUUGGAAGCCCGAAUCAAAGAAAAGGCAACAGAUAUUAAGGAGGCAUCUCAGAAAUGCAAACAAAAGCAAGAUGUUUUAGAGAGGAAAGAUAAGCAUAUUGAGGAACUUCAGCAGGCUUUAAUAGUAAAACAAAAGGAAGAACAUGACCGGCAGAGGAGAAUAAGCAAUACCCGAAAAAUGAUAGAGGAUUUGCAGAAUGAACUGAAGACCACGGAAAACUGUGAAAAUCUGCAGCCCCAGAUCGAUGCCAUCACAGAUGAUCUGAGACGCGUUCAAGAUGACAAGGCCUUAUGUGAAAGCGAGAUAAUUGAUAAGCGAAGUGAGAGGGAGACUCUAGAGAAGGAGAAAAAGAGUGUACAUGAUCAUAUUAUACGUUUUGACAAUCUUAGGAAUCAAAAGGAAGAUAAGCUGAGACAGAGGUACCGUGACACAUAUGAUGCUGUUUUGUGGCUAAGAAAUAACAAAGAUAAAUUUAAGCAAAGAGUCUGUGAACCCAUAAUGCUCACGAUCAAUAUGAAAGAUAAUAAAAAUGCCAAAUACGUUGAAAAUCAUAUUCCAUCAAAUGACUUGAGAGCCUUUGUAUUUGAAAGCCAAGAAGAUAUGGAGGUUUUCCUCAAAGAGGUUCGUGACAACAAAAAAUUAAGAGUAAAUGCAGUUAUUGCUCCUAGUAGUUCAUAUGCAGACAAAGCACCUUCAAGGUCUCUGAGUGAACUAAAACAAUAUGGGUUUUUCUCUUAUUUGCGAGAGUUAUUUGAUGCACCUGAUCCUGUAAUGAGUUAUCUUUGCUGCCAAUAUCAUAUUCAUGAAGUUCCCGUAGGAACUGAAAGGACCAGAGAAAGAAUUGAAAGGGUGAUACAGGAAACCCGAUUAAAACAAAUUUAUACAGCAGAAGAAAAGUAUGUGGUGAAAACUUCUUUUUAUUCAAACAAAGUUAUUUCCAGCAACACAUCCUUAAAAGUAGCCCAGUUUCUCACAGUCACUGUAGAUCUAGAGCAAAGAAGACACUUAGAAGAACAGCUGAAGGAAAUUAAUAGAAAAUUGCAUGCAGUGGACUCAGGAUUGAUUGCCUUACGUGAGACAAACAAACGUCUAGAACACAAGGACAAUGAACUUAGACAAAAGAAGAAGGACCUUCUUGAAAGAAAAACCAAGAAAAGACAAUUGGAACAAAAAAUUAGUUCCAAACUAGGAAGUUUAAAGCUAAUGGAACAGGAUACUUGCAACCUUGAAGAGGAAGAGCGAAAAGCAAGUACCAAAAUCAAAGAAAUAAAUGUCCAAAAAGCAAAACUUGUUACUGAAUUAACGAACCUAAUAAAGAUUUGUACUUCUUUAAAUAUGCAAAAAGUAGAUUUAAUUCUUCAAAAUACUACAGUUAUCUCCGAGAAGAACAAAUUAGAAUCCGAUUAUAUGGCUGCAUCUUCACAACUGCGUCUAACAGAGCAAAAUUUCAUUGAAUUGGAUGAAAAUAGGCAGAGACUAUUGCAGAAAUGCAAGGAACUCAUGAAGAGAGCUAGGCAAGUAUGUAACCUCAGUGCAGAGCAGACCGUUCCUCAGGAAUACCAGACACAAGUACCCACCAUUCCAAAUGGACACAACUCCUCACUCCCCAUGGCCUUCCAAGAUCUUCCCAACACACUGGAUGAAAUUGAUGCUUUAUUAACUGAAGAAAGAUCAAGAGCAUCUUGCUUCACAGGACUAAAUCCUACAGUUGUUGAGGAAUACACAAAAAGAGAAGAAGAAAUAGAACAGUUAACUGAGGAACUAAAGAGAAAGAAAGUUGAACUGGAUAAAUAUAGGGAAAACAUUUCACAGGUAAAAGAGAGGUGGCUAAAUCCCUUAAAAGAGCUGGUAGAAAAAAUUAAUGAGAAGUUCAGCAAUUUUUUUAGUUCCAUGCAGUGUGCUGGUGAAGUUGAUCUCCAUGCAGAAAAUGAGGAAGACUAUGAUAAAUAUGGAAUUCGAAUUAGAGUCAAAUUUCGUAGUAGUACUCAACUGCAUGAAUUAACUCCUCAUCAUCAGAGUGGAGGUGAAAGAAGUGUUUCUACCAUGUUAUACUUGAUGGCACUUCAGGAGCUUAAUAGAUGUCCAUUCAGAGUAGUUGAUGAAAUCAAUCAGGGAAUGGACCCAGACAAUGAACGGAAGGUAUUUGAAAUGGUUGUAAAGACUGCCUGUAAGGAAAACACAUCUCAAUACUUCUUUAUUACACCAAAGCUCCUGCAGAAUCUUCCUUAUUCUGAAAAGAUGACUGUAUUAUUUGUCUACAAUGGUCCUUAUAUGCUGGAACCAAACAAGUGGAAUUUAAAGGCUUUCCAGAGGCGGCGGCGCCGUAUUACAUUCACUCAACCUUCUCAAUAAAAGCAAAGAGAAGAGACUUGGGAAUUUUUCUGUGAAAUUCUGUUCAUAAGUACAGUUCAACUGAAUAAAAGCUAGGAUUUUUGUUAAAAUUCAAAGAUCGAUUAUUUUUGGCAACCUGCUUUUAAAUAUAAGUGGGUUGAUGAAAUGGAGACCAUAGAAACGUCUUUCUCUGGAACAUCAUCUGAUAGUAAAAAUUAAAUCUUCUUCAGUCAUGGUUGAACUUGAGUACUUAGCACUCUGACUGUGAGUCAUUGGGUUCCCAUGUUAAAAGGUAUUUACUAUUACAAAUCAAAGGUGCAGAGGAAGGGGUUAUUGGUCACAAGAAGUUUAGGUGGCAUGGUAACCCUGAGUUUUAAUUGCAGACUAACUUUUAAUUGCUUUUAGAACCUGAAGUUGACUCUGGAGCCUAAGUCAUAGUUUUCUCCCAGUGUUAUGUUUAGCUUUUUAAAAUUGAUAUGGAAAUUUGUAGUCUUAAAUGUAUAAUAAUAAUUUAUGAUAAAGCUAUUCAUUUCUUCCUAUUAAAAAAGAUUACCUUAUCUCUAGGAAAUGGAAUUUUAUGGGCCUUUUUAAAAAGUUUUAUGAAACUUGAGGCUAUACUUGUAUUGGUAUUUCAAUGGAUAAAGUAGCACUGGGGUUUAAAAAUAGUAGCUAGAUGUCUUUGAAAUGGUACAAGGUGGUCACAGAUGAUGCAAAAUGCAACCAAAAGAUUGACAGAGAAUAGAAUCAGGUGACAAGGGUUUUUAAAGAAUAGCCCUGUAAAGUGUGUGUGUGUUUUUAAUUUAAAGUCAAUUGUAUUUUACAUUUUAAAUUUCUAAAGCAUUUUUAUAAUUAUUUUUAGUAAGAUUUUUCUGAAGAUUUCAUAUACUGGUUUUUACAGUUUAUAUUUGAAAUUUCUUAAAGUUAUGUAAAGAGUGAAGGGAAGGUAUUGAUUUGUUUAAAACCAUAAUGUUCUUAGAACUUAAGCUUAUAGAUUCCUUACAGUGUUGGUCUACCCCAUUAUCUUAGAAAAUCUAGUUUAAACUGUUUUCUUUCAGCAUGAAAGAAUUAGAUGAGAAAAUCACUUAUUUCUGAGUUAUACUAAUUAACAGUUCCAAAUUCUAUUCUUUUUAAAAAUAAAUCUUGCAAGGUAAUAGACUAGUCCGAGAACAUGUUUUUGAAUAGUGGAUUGGAUCUGUGUUGGUAAUGACAAGUAUUAUUAUUUUUUUUUUACUUCCCAGCCUCAAUGAAUCGAAGAAUUGCACUCAGUUUGGUUUUUUUUUUUAUCAUUGAAAUUUAUAUUCUUAUUAGAUCAAAAAAUAAUGAACCAUAAGUUUGUCUUCUCACUUAGACAUUUUCUCUUUAGAAAGAAAUUUUUUUCCUUUAUAAAAACCUUAAAAGAAAGGGCCUUCCCUUCUUAAACUAAGUCUAAUGCACAAACUAUGAAAAUUAAAAAAAAAAAAAAAAAACGUUUUUACUAGUGUGAACAAGUCUUAUAAACAUUGGAAAAAACUUGGUAACAUGUUAUUAAAUGGCUAUUGUUACCAAAUGGUUUUGUUGUUAAAUACUUCAUUUUCCACCAAAAUGUCUUUACUAAUUUUUUUUUUUAAUAUGUGCUUGGUGUAGUUUAUUGAGUGAAUUAGUGCCAGUCAUCUUAUCCCUGAAAAAUGAAUAUCAAUGUGAAAAGAAACUUGAAGAUGAGGCAUGUUUUAAAAUAAAAUGGUCAGUUACACUUUAGUUUACAUACGGAAACAAUUAUUCCUUACUUCCUAAGCAUUUAUAUCUCUCUUCUGAACGGUUAAUAAUAUUUGGUUUUACAUUGAAUUUUGAGCUGCGAAGGAUAAAUUAUGUAUCAUUUUAACAUUAAUGAAAAAAACAAGAAUAAGUCUAACACAGUAUAGUCUCAGCCACUUAAAACUGCAUAUAUUUUCUGCAGAGGUUAAGUUUUAAUUACAUAUAAAUUGUAAAAACUCCAGGUGAAAGUGUGAUUUGAUGAAUAAAAUGAUAGCUAAAAUCUUAAGGUGACAAGCAGGUGUUUUUGAUGACGAAAUCUUAAUUGAUUUGCCUUAGGAGAGUCUUUGUUAAGAGAUUUUCAGUAUUUAAAGUAUAUCUUGCCGCUUUCUGUUGUCUUUUGGACAUGUGCUUAUUUUCAGCCUUAAGUAUGUGAAAAUUUGUACUUUCGGUCUGUUAUUGUGGGUGUUUGUGUGUGUGUGUGUAUAACUGAAAAAAUGCUUUGGUCUGGGAAAUACUACUUUGUUGGUAAUAAAUACAUAUUUUCAUAUUAUUUUGGUGUAUGUUAUUUUAAACGAGAACUAUUUCUAUACUUUUGACCCUCUUAAGAGUCAUUUUGGUAUUCAUAUUUACAGAGGGGGAAAAAAAGUCUGUUGAGUGCCCAGCAUUUACAGAACAGUGUUCAGCAGUUUAUCAGUGUUCAAAAGAAUAGAAAAUUUAGCCCCUUGCCUGCCUGCAAGGAAAUUACAGUCUAAUAGAAGCAAUUAACACACAUGACAAAAAGCUUAAACCAAACUACUACUAAAGAAGCCAAACUAUACGGUAAGUAUAACUUUUUAGGUUGAAAUCCUAGAUUUGCUAAAAACAUGCCCCAUAGUCUAUUUUGUCUUAUUAUUUCUUACAGUAAACUACUGUCUAAAGUAAUUAAAAAAAAAAAAUAAACUCUAUUUUUAAGCAAGGCUAGCUUUAUCACUUGUUUUUAGACAAGUUUGGUUUUUGUAUUCAUGAAAUAAUAACUAAUUCUCAGAGUUGAGAAGAUUAAAUGAGAUCAGGAGCCUGUAGGGUAGCUAGCACUGUAGUGGGCACUUUAUUUAAUGUUGCCUUCUCCCCUUAUAUUUUAAUCUUGAAAAAAUGUAAUGUUUUGAGUGUUUUCUACAUCAAGAUCUAAGAAUUCUAAGUAAAUUUAAUGUACAGAUUUUUAUUCUCUCUUUGAUAGUGUUCACAGGAUGUAGGCAUUUAUAGGCUUUGAGCCUUUGGGCAGUACAUGUAAUUAUUUUCAUAUAUGUUGUUUACUUUCAUGAAAUGUGAAUAUUCACUAACUAGAUUAAACUGCCCUAAAGUUAUGGCAGUCUGUCUCAUUACUUUAUAGUCAAACCAUAAAUUUUAGAAAACUUGUUUCAUUAAAUAGAAUUUACAAAUUUGGGAGUUUGACUCUGUUGACAAUUUGGGCUUACUUUUUAUUCCCAACGAAAAAGUUGGGUGUCAGGGGAUUGUACUUUUUUUAUUGUAAAGAUUUAACUAUUUGCUCAUUACUCUGAAAUAAGUUUCUGGUUUUUGGCUGGAAGAUUUGUUACUUUCAGACAAGCGCUAGUUUUGUUCAAUUCCAAAGAGAAAGAAUAGGGCAACUUGGCCUAGCUUCCUUGUAAAAACUGUGCUAAGAGGACUUGGAGAAGCUGAGAGCAGCCUAAAAAUAAUCCUGGCUCUGUUGCCCUGGCUUCUUCUGAGAAGCUGAACAUAGGUUGGGUAUUUUUAGGCAGGUCAGAAACAUCUGAAAGGUGUUCUCUUUCCGCAAAUUUUAUCCUACCUGUCUGACUGCCUUUAGUUAGUAAACUGAUACUCUGCCUCUCAGGAGCAUGCUUAUACUCUUGGCAUUUACCUCCAUGCAUUUGGAGUGGAGGUUGAGGUAGACAGGGCUACCAGGAGGGUGAACGGUGGGUUGAAAGAAACAAUACCAGUAUAAAGGUUUGGGAGAAGCUACCAACGAGUGUUACAUGUUAGACAAAUUUUAAUUUUUUCGUAUUUUAAAAUCUUUAGUCCCAGUGACCUUUGUGACAUGUUCUUUACCUUUAAAUAUUAGGUGUUAGACUUGCGAGGGAUCUAACAGAUCACUUAAGAUCACCUCCUUUUCACGGUUAUCUUCUUCUUUUCACAGUCAUAAAUCAUGGAACGAUAUUAUUUGAGUGAUUAAAGCUAGCACUGAUACACCUAAAUGUAAGUAAUUGUAUAAACUGAAUGCUAUAAUAACUUGUUUAUAUGCCAUGUUAUAUUUUAUAAGCAUUUUAAUAUAUGUUAUCUGUUGUACACAACAAAUAGGGAGUUAGCAAUGUUAUAACUUUUCCAAGUUUAUGUGUUGGUAAAUGGCAGAGGUGGGAUUGAAAACCAGGUCUGAUGUUUUUUCCAAAAUACUGUGCUGCUGCAUUGCUAUCAGGAUACCUGGUCUUUUUGAAUUGGUGGAGAUGUACCAUCAGCAGCUCCUGAUUAUGUAAUUCCCUUUCUUGUGAAUAAGACCUUGCUUCUCCAGUACACCCCUGAGUUAGGGUACAGGUUUCUUCGACUGUAUCAAAGACCCAAAUAUAACUUACAAGUUAGAUGUUUAUUUCUUAACAGAACAUAAACAGUCUGGGGCUCAUAUGCCAACUCCUAUUUUGUUACUCUGCCAUCCUCAGAAAUCUGUGGGCUGCUUCUCGUGGUGCAGGAUGGCUGCUUCAGCUUUUGCCAACAUGUCUGUAUCCAAACCAGCAAGAAGGGAAAAAGAGACGAGGGAAGCACGUGAACAUUUCUGUUGGGAGCAUGAUCUGUAAGAGGCACAUAUCACUGCUGCUCUUGUCCAGAACUUAGUCACGUUGCCUGAUCUAGCAGCAAGGGAAGCUUGAAUAUGUCCUAUUUAGCUGUGUGGCUAUGUGUCUCGUUAAACACCAGCCACUCUUACUCAAGGAAGAAGGGUAGAGUAAACAUUGGUGGACAAUCAGCCUCUGCCACAGCCUGCAGGAGAUAACUGAUUACCCUGUGGCCUAUUGUCAGUGUUUUCAGAACUGACUUGGUAUGUUCCCAUUACACUCAGAAUAAAAAUCCGGAGUUGUUAUAACAGCCUUCAAAGCCCUACAUGAUGUGGUUCCUACUUAUCCCCCCUCUGCAACCACAUUGAAAAUAGCAAUGAUAAAUAUGGAAUUCGAAUUAGAGAUAUGCUGCCAUCCUUUUGCCCUGUUUUAUUUUUCUUAGCAUUUCUCACUACUUAUCAUUGUAUAUUUUGUUUGUUGUUUAAUUUCCUCAGCUAGAAUAUGAGUUCUCUGAAGGCAGAGACCUUGUUGUGUUGAUUACUACCUUCCCAGAACCUAGAAAAGUGCUUAGCACAUAGUAAGGACUCAGUAAUUGUAGCUUGAAUGAAUGUUCUUUCUCCCAGCCCAGACAAUGAUUUGAGCAUAUUUUUUCCAUUAUUCCUCCGUUCAAUCCUUGUGUACAUGUAGUAUGAGCAAGGGACUAUACUAUAUACUGUGAGAAAUAAAAAGAAAUGUCCUUCAUAUGAAUCCACCCUCCAGAAACUGGGAAUCGAGAAGGAAUGGGAUCUGGUAAGGCUUCAUGAAGGCAUAGAUUUUGAGUCCAGAAUAUGUAGGCAGGCCGUCAUAGAGUGUUUUAUAGGAAGUAGAAAGGUCCACGUUCUUUUGGAUCACCUUCCUUUGGAAUGGAUACAAGUAUGGAUCUCUUUCAGUUGGGUGGCGAGGUAGCUGUCUUCCAAAUUUCUUAACAUAGAUGAUUAAGUACCUCCAGCACUGCAUCUGGUUGCUGAAAUACCCCAGUUGGUAUCCUGUCAAUUCUUGGAGCCUUGUCUUUCACCAGUGUCUUAAGUGCAGCGUGAGAACCUCUUUCUUCAAUACCAUCGGUUCUUGAUCAUUGCAACUAGAGGCUUGAAAUUUUUCUUAAGUUCUUUUAGCUUGAGAAUUGUCAAGCAUGUUCUUCCCUUUCGGUUUUCUAACUCCAAGUCUUCGCACAUUUCACUAUAAUACUUUGUCUUUUCGAGCCGCUCUUCGAAAUCUUCUGUUCAGCUGUUUUAUUUAUCAUUUCUUCCUUUCGCUUUAGCUGCUCUAUGUUCAAGAGCAAGUUUCAGAGUCUCUUCUGACAUCCAUUUUGGUCUUUUCUUUCUUUCCUGAUUUUUUAAUGAUCUUUUGCUUUCUUCAUGUGUGUUCAUCCCACAACUCACCUGGGAUUUAUAGUCACAUUUAUAAAGAAGUUAUAUCAUGGAUAGCUAAGACACACACUGUGUGUGUGUAUAUAUAUAUACACACACACACACACACCAUUGGUGAGAAUGUAAAAUUGAUAGAGCGUCUGUAGUGAACAAUUUAGCAAUAUUUUUUAUAGUAUUUUAUUGUGUUUUUGAUGAAAGCUUACACAAUGAAUUAGGUUGCCGUCUAAUAAUUUCUAUACACUUUGUUCAGUGACAUUAGAUUUUUUUUUUGCUUUGUUUUGUUUUUUUAAUAGCGUACCAUACUCCUGGGUAAUGCCGUUUAUUUUGUGUGCUGCUGUUAUUUUGCUAAAAAGGUGGUUAGUUUCAGUUCAGGGCUUAAAGAGUAUCUCAGGGUAAUAGUCUCAGGGAGCCCUCUGGUCUCAAUUGGUCCAGCAAGUCUAGACUUUUCACGAAUUUGGGUUCUGUUCUUCAUUUUUCUCCCAUUUUGUCUGGGUUCAUCUACUGUGGCCCUGAUCAGAAUGGUCAGUAGUUGUAGUGGUAGCCAGGUACCAUCUAGUUCUUCUGGUCUCAGGAUAGAUGAGGCCAUGGCUGGUAUAGGCAGUUAACCCUGUAGACAAGUUCCUUCUCUAGAACUUUGGUUUCCUUCUUUCUCUUUUGCUCCAGACAAGUAGAGACCAGUAGUUAUGUCUUAGAUGGCUGCUUGCAAACUUCUAAGACCCCAAAUGCCACUAGGAUGCAGAACAUGAACUUUGUUGAACUGUGUUAUGCCAAUUGACUGAAUUGUCCCAUGAGACUAAGGUCCUAAGCCUUCAAACCAGAAAACCAGUCACUUAAGGUGUUUCGUUAUGGCUAAGAGGUAUCUGUAAUUGUGUCCUCUAUGAAUAUGUAUUCCUGCAUACACAUAUCUUUACAACAAUAUGUUUAAAUGAAUGUACCUUUUGAACUAGCAAAUCCACUUCUAGGAAUUUAUCUUAUCUAUAUUCUCUCACAUGUAUUUCUAAGCAGAUGUGCAAGGACAUUCAGUUCAGUGUUGUUUGAGAUAGCAGUAGCUUGACAAUUAAUAGCUUAAUAAAUUAUAAUGCAAACAUCCAUUUAAUAGAACACUGUGCAGCUGUUAAAGAGGCUGAUCUUUAUGUACCGAUAUUAAAACAGCCAGGUCUCCAGGUUGUACUAACAAAAGCAGCAACAUGCAGAAGACUAUGUAUGUGGCCCCCCAUGUCUGUCAGUUUGUCGUACUGUGGGGGCUUGUGUGUUGCUGUGAUGCUGGAAGCUAUGCCACCGAUAUUCAGAUACCAGCAGGGUCCCCCAUGGAGGACAGGUUUUAGCUGAGCUUCCAAACUAAGACAGACUAGGAAGAAGGACCCGACAGUCUACUUCUGAAAAGCACAGUGAAAACCUCAUGAAUAGCAGCGGAACAUUGUGUAAUAUCGUGCUGGAAGACGAGCCCCCCCAGGUUGGAAAGCACUGAAAAGAUGACUGGGGAAGAGCUGCCUCCUCAAAGUGGAGUCAACCUUAAUGACGUGGAUGAAGUAAAGCUUUCGGGACCUUCAGUUGCUGAUGUGGCACGACUCAAAAUGAGAAGAAACAGCUGCAAACAUCCAUUAAUAAUUGGAACCUGGAAUGUACAAAGUAUGAAUCUAGGAAAACUGGAAAUCGUCAAAAAUGGAACGCAUAGACAUCGAAAUCCUAGGCAUUAGUGAGCUGAAAUGGACUGGUAUUGGCCAUUUUGAAUCAGACAACCAUAUAGUCUACUAUGCUGGGAAUGACAACUCGAAGGGGAAUGGUGUUCCAUCCAUCGUGAAAAAGAACGUUUCAAGAUCUAUCCUGAAGUACAACGCUGUCAGUGAUAGGAUAAUAUCCAUACGCCUACAAGGAAGACCAGUUAAUACGACUAUUAUUCAAAUUUAUGCACCAACCACUAGGGCCAAAGAUGAAGAAAUAGAAGAUUUUUAUCAGCUGCUGCAGUCUGAAACUGAUCGAACAUGCAAUCAAGAUGCAUUGAUAAUUACUGGUGAUUGGAAUCUGAAAGUUGGAAACGAAAAAGGAUCAGUAGUUGGAAAAUAAGGCCUUGGUGAUAGAAGCAAUGCCGGAGAUCGAAUGAUAGAAUUUUUUAAGACCAACAACUUCUUCAUUGCAAAUACCUUCUUUCACCAACAUAAACGGCGACUAUACACAUGGACCUCGCCAGGUGGAACACACAGAAACCAAAUUGACUACAUCUGUGGAAAGAGACAAUGGAAAAGCUCAAUAUCAUCAGUCACAACAAGGCCAGGGGCCGACUGUGGAACAGACCAUCAAUUGCUCAUGUGCAAUUUCAAGCUGAAACUGAAGAAAAUCAGAGCAAGUCCGCAAGAACCAAAAUACGACCUUGGAUAUAUCCCACCUGAAUUUAGAGAUCAUCUCAAGAACAGAUUUGACACACUGAACACUAAUGACCGAAGACCAGAUGAGUUGCAGAAUGACAUCAAGAACAUCAUACAUGAAGAAAGCAAGAGGUCAUUAAAAAGACAGGAAAGAAAGAAAAGACUAAGAUGGAUGUCAGAGAAGACUCUGAAACCUGCUCUUGAACGUCGAGCAGCUAAAGCAAAAGGAAGAAAUGAUAAAGUAAAAGAACUGAAAGGAAAAUUUCAAAGGGCAGCUCGAGAAGACAAAGUAAAGUAUUACAGUGAUGUGCGCAAAGAGCUGGAGGUGGAAAACCAAAAGGGAAGAACACGCUCGGCGUUUCUCAAGCUGAAAGAACUGGAGAAAAAAUUCAAGCCUUGAGUUGCAAUAGUGAAGGAUUCUAUGGGGAAAAUAUUAAAUAACGGAGGAAGCAUCAAAAGAAGAUGGAAGGAAUACACAGAGUCAUUAUACCAAAAAGAAUUACUCGAUAUUCAACCAUUUCAAGAGGUGGCAUAUGAUCAGGAACCUGUGGUACUGAAGGAAGUAGUCCAAGCUGCUCUGAAGACAUUGGUGAAAAACAAGGCUCCAGGAAUUGAUGGAAUAUCAAUUGAGAUGUUUCAACAAACAGUUGCAGUGCUGGAGGUGCUCACUCAUCUAUGCCAAGAAAUAUGGAAGACAGCUUCCUGGCCAACUGACUGGAAGAGAUCCAUAUUUAUGCCUAGUCCCAAGAAAGGUGAUCCAACCAAAUGUGGAAAUUAUAGAACAAUAUCAUUAAUAUCACAUGCAAGCAAAAUGUUGCUGAAGAUCAUUCAAAAAUGGCUGCAGCCGUAUAUCAACAGGGAACUGCCAGAAAUUAAGGCCUGUUUCAGAAGAGGACCUGGAACCAGGGAUAUCAUUGCUGAUGUCAGGUGGAUCCUGGCUAAAAGCAGAGAAUACCAGAAGGAUGUUUACCUGCGUUUUAUGGACUACGCAAAGGCAUUCGACUGCGGACCAUAACAAACUGUGGAUAACACUGGGAAGAAUGGGAAUUCCAGAACACUUAAUUGUGCUCAUGAGGAACCUUUACAUAGAUCAAGAGGCAGUUGUUCGGACAGAACAAGGGGAUACUGCUUGGUUUCAAGUCAGGAAAGGUGUGCGUUAGGGUUGUAUUCUUUCACCAUACCUAUUCAAUCUGUAUGCUGAGCAAAUAAUAUGAGAAGCUGGACUAUAUGAAGAAGAACGGGGCAUCAGGAUUGGAGGAAGACUUAUUACCAACUUGCGUUAUGCAGAUGACACAACCUUCCUUGCUGAAAGUGAAGAGGACUUGAAGCACUUACUAAUGAAGACCAAAGAUGACAGCCUUCAGUAUGGAUUACACCUCAACAUAAAGAAAACAAAAAUCCUCACAACUGGACCAAUGACCAACAUCAUGAUAAACGGAGGAAAGAUUGAAGUUGUCAGGGAUUUCACUUUACUUGGAUCCACAAUCAACAGCCAUGGAAGCAGCAGUUAAGAAAUCAAAAGAUGCAUUGCAUUGGGUAAAUCUGCUGCAAAGGACCUCUUCAAAGCAUUGAAGAGCAAAGACGUCACCCUGAAGACUAAGGUGCGCCUGACCCAAGCCAUGGUAUUUUCAAUCACAUCAUGUGCGUGUGAAAGCUGGACAAUGAAUAAGGAAGACCGAAGAAGAGUUGACGCUUUUGAAUUGUGGUGUUGGCAAAGAAUAUUGAAUAUACCAUGGACUGCCAAAAGAACAAACAAAUCUGUCUUGGAAGAAGCACGGUCAGAAUGCUCAUCAGAGGCAACGAUGGCGAAACUGCGUUUUAUAUACUUUGGAUAUGUUGUCAGGAGGGAUCAGUCCCUGGAGAAGGACAUCAUGCUUGGCAGAGUACAGGGUCAGCGGAAAAGAGGAAGACCCUCAACGAGGUGGAUUGACACAGUAGCUGCAGCAGUGAGCUCAAGCAUAACAACGAUGUAAGGAUGGCUCAGGACCGGGCAGUGUUUCGUUCUGUUGUGCGUAGGGUCGGUAUGAGUUGGAACCGACUCGACGGCACCUAACAACAACAACAACAUGUAUGUGGCUGAGAGAGAAUAUGUAGUUACCAUUUGUGUUUAAAAAGAAAAAUGUGUAUAUGUGUACGUAUAUAUGUACGUAUACACACACACACACACAGACAUAUAGCUAGAUUUUCUGUCUCUUGAAGGAGACAAAGAAAUUUACUAACUGCCUGCUUCUGGGGAAAAAAACUAGAUAGCUGAAGAACAGGUGAGGGGAAAAUUUAUUUUUUACUAUAUGCAUUUUUAUAUCUUUUAAAUUAGUUGCCUUUUAUUAUGUCUUUUUAAAUCUUUUUUUAAACAGAAAAGACCAUGGACUUUAGACUGAAAGACAGUUUGACCUGCUACCUAAGUAGCUACACGUGACCAGAGCCAAAUUAUUUUUUUCUAAUUUCAUGUGACCACAUUAUAAAACACGUGAAAUACAAAGGAGUCUCUUAUGAAACCAGCACCCAGGCACAAUCACUGCAAAACUGUGUAUAGUUCAUUCUAGUCUUCUAAAAAAUUGUUACUUCUUUCUGAUUGUACAGUUAACAACUUAAUUUUAAGAUACACAGUAUGUCCCUGGGUUAAGAAUAUCUGACUUAUGGACAGUUCACACUUCCCUUUGAUGUUGUGUAAAUUGGCCCUCACUGGGAAACAAUUGAACCAACCCCUACUUUCAACAGAUUCUUUGUUGCAGUCACCUUCACUUGCUGCAGUGUAGCUUGUAAAUCAUUGAAAAGGCUUGAGCUUUUUCUUGCACUAAAAAAAAAAAAACCAAACCCACUGCCGUUGAGUAAAUUCUGAUUCAUAACAAC